GUGAGCCAAACAUACCGCAUGAAUUACACAGGCAAGCGGAUAUCAUCAGAAGGAACGACGGUCUUCCUUCAGGUUUGACUAGAGUAGACUAGAGGCGAGCUGAUCAUGGCUGCCCCGAAAAAGGUGCUAAUGCUGCAUGGAUACUCGCAGAAUGCAAGUAUAUUCAGCAAACGCCUUGGAGCCUUGAGGAAAUCGAUGGGAAAAGAUAUUGAAAUGGUGUUUGUUGACGGGCCAAUCGUCCUGCAUCCCGUUGACCUUGAUGGCGCCUCGUCUACAGCCUCGUUGGCGGCUCUCGGAGCUUCCGAGGCGGACACGACAUCUUCUGAUCCUUCAACCACACCCCGAGGGUGGUGGAAAUCCAACCCGGAGAGAACAGUCGCCCACGGGUUGGAAGACUCUCUACUCAUUUUUAGAGAUAUUCUUCAGCGUGAUCGGUAUGAUGGUGUGUUUGGCUUCAGUCAAGGAGCAGCUAUGGCUGCUCUACUCUCCGCUCUUCUAGAGCGGCCUCACUCAUACCCUCCUUUUCUCAUCGACGGACAGCCUCCUCACCCCCCGUUCAAAUUCUGUGUUGCUGUGUCAGGCUUCAAGGCACCUGGGUCUCUGAGUGCAGAAAUUUUUGGGACAUCGUAUUCCACUCCCACCCUCCACGUUCUCGGGAGAACCGAUGUCAUCGUCAUCGAGGAGCGAUCGAAGGUCCUGCUUGAUUUCUCACAGAACAAGAGAUUGGAGGAGCACGUUGGCGGCCAUUUCGUGCCCUCAAAGGCGAACUGGAGGGAAUUCUUCCGUAAUUACCUGACUGAUCCUCUUGGAGUGGUUCCUUCCCCAGAUCCGAGGUCUGCUUCUCAGCCUGCCUCCGGCGACUGACCCCCGCAUCUCAAACUAAUACCCCUGGCAUUAAACUGCAAUAGAGUUAUAUGAUAGAAGGGCUACCUCUCACAGGGCCAAAUAAUGUUGGUCAUCGUAAAGCGAGAUAGCGGACAAGCUCUGUCAAUGAAGUGUCUCCUACCAAACCACUCAGCCUUCCUCCCAUCGCAGAAUAAGCAACAAAGUUUUCCUCGGGAUGGUUGAGGCUUCGUUGGAGGUUCAAAUGCUUUGAA